GCGGCCCGCGCCCUGACAGUGUGCUUGUUUAGCGACGUGCUGCGGCUGUCUUGGUUCACUCUUGGUUCACCUAGCGGCAACCUGCCUGCUUGCCCGCCCUGCAGUGAAUGCGUUUGAACAAGUCGGGAGGCGCAUUUGGUUUGGAAGCCAACAUUUUCUCGUCGAACAACGACCUUGCCGUUCAGUCAGGCCUUGAUCAAGUUCUGAGGCUGGAAGGCAGUUGCUUCCCCGCGGGUGCAACAUCAGACAGGUGUGUAAUCGACUGGUCGGAAACGGUUUCAACGGCGGUUGAAACACAAAGAUUGAAUCAUGGCCGACAACCCACCUCCUCCUCCACCGCCUCAUGGAGCCAACCCCAAGUCAACAUCCGGCGGUCUGCCUGAAGGCAACUACGACAUUUUCAUCAUCCCACCACACAGCGCAGGUUCUGGCUUUCUCUACCUGCCGUCGCUCCAACCGAAUGUCAACUCUUUCGCCGCGGGCUUCGCGUCCGCCGUCUUUUGCUACUUGGUAUGGAUAACAGCUAUACCGGCGCUAGGACAAUGGCUGUCGAUAAUCGCUGCCAGUGGUAGUGCAGGCGUGUUGCUGCUUGUGGCUGGCGUCGGCGCCGUCGCAUGGGCUUUUGGCAAAUCUCAAGGCGAGAGCAAAAGUCAAGGUACUCAGGGCCCACCGCCUUCUGGCGACGAAGACCAUGGUACCUCGGGAGCAGAUGGAGGAAGCAAGCACAGUCGAACCCACAGUGGCCCUUACAACACUUCGCAUUCCUCGGGUUCAGCCAAUGCGCAUUCCGCGCCACCUCCUCGCACCCCACAACAGGACUACACUACUCCUCCACCAAGACAAGAAUACAGAGCACCUCCCCCACCACAGCCUGAAUAUUCUGCUCCACCUCCACAACCCGACUAUCAUACUCCUCGCCCACCCCCGCCAGAGUACGCCGCUCCACCACCCCGUCCAGCAUACACCGCGCCUCCACCUCCACCACCACCCCCACAACAAGAAGCCCCAAAGCCUGCCCCUCCUCCUCAGUCAAAACCAUCUCCUGCGCAACCAAAAGCAGCUCCCCCACAACCAAAGGCUACUACUACACCACAGCCCAAGCCUGCACCAGCAGCAGCAUCCUCACCCGAACCUUCGGCAAGGUCUGCAUCGGAAGCUGCGGCCAGCUGGGAGAAGGCCCGUGAAGAGACUCGCAAGAGGGAGGAGGCCAGAAAGAAGGCAGAGGAGCUUAAGAAACUUCGCGAAGAGGCGCUACGAAAGAAAGAGGAAGCCGAGCGACAGGCAAGAGCAGCCGCCGAAAAGGUCAGAUGGGAGCAAGCCAGGGCUCGUGAGAAGGAAGCUCGUGAACGGGAAGCAAGAGAGCGCGACGCAAAGGACAAGGAGACCAAGGACAAGGAUGCUCGGGAGCGGGAGAAGCGCGAGCGCGAAGCCCGAGAGCGUGUUGCAAAGGACAAGAAGGAAAAGGCCGCUGCAGCCGCAGAAGCCGCAAAGUCGCCGUCCAAACCCACCACGCCUGCUGCCAAAAAGUACGAACGGCCCAGUGCGCAUAGCUACGCCAGUACCGAGACCACAAGCGCCUAUGAUGCUCGUACUGUCGUCUCAUCCUCGACCGCUCCAUCUUACACCGAGACUCUGUCUUCGUACGCCCCCUCGACUUCCACGGCUAGAACCAGUCCACCUCCGGAAUAUCGUGGACCAUACAACACCUCCGACCCAGACAAGAUAGUCACCAAGGCUGUCUACGUGUACACCAACGUAAACCCUAAGCUGCCUAUCAGUCAGCUCGUCAGUGGCAAAGCCAAUGUCACCGAUGGCCUUGUCUUGAGGCUCCAAACUGAAGGUCUUUUUAUCGAUGACGAUGUACGUCGUGUCCCUCAACGCGAGUGGGACAUCAAAGCCUGGAGUCUCAAGUCACUCGAGAAGAGCACCAUUAAUCCUUAUUGCAUGGUUCGUGCCACCAUCAGAGAUACUGACAACAAACGCUACGUCUUCGUUAUCCCGUCUGACCAAGAAUGGAAGGUCGACGUUGGAUUGUCUCGCCUGCGCAAAGGCCCCUUGGUCCGUAGCAUGGGCAUAGGUAGCAUCAAGGCGCCCGAGAUGAAGGGUUUGCUCAGCGACCUUGGAUGGGUUUGAUCAUGGUCGCGCUGAGAGAGGACGCAAUCUCGCCUGUUUGUUACGAAGGUUUGUGACCAGUUCUGGUCCCGGGUGGCUUCGCUCUGUGUGUUACACUGCAUCAUGCAUCAGCGAUCGGAGUUUUUUUUAUCGUCUUUGGGGAGCUUACGAUUCUUGUCUCUACCCUUUUACUUGUUCUAGUCGAUUAUUGUCGUUACGAUGGAACGAUUUGCGGAUACCACCUUGUGUUUUUUCUAAGACGCUCUCAUACGGAGUGUUACAUCGAAUGUUAAUAGCAACCAAUUCAACUAAUUCUUGUGGCA